AUGACAACUCUACCUGCUGAAAUUCUUUAUCUUAUUUUCGAUCGGUUUAGUGCCAAUGAUAUUCAUUUUUCACUUCGUCUUGUUUGUAAACGACUUAAUACGAUUACAAAUAAUUAUAAUCGAUUGAGAAUCAAAUUUACAUAUCGAACAUCAAAGUUCGACAUUCGACGAUUGUGUCGUAUUAUCCAACCCGAAAAUGUCAUUUCAUUGAACUUGCAAAAUUCGUACUUCAAUUCCAACACUGUCAAAUAUUUUCUUUCAUCUAUCUAUCUUCAUCAAUUUAGUCGACUUCGUUCGUUGACACUCUUCGAUGUCGAAGAAUACGACUUUCAAACACUUAUCAGUCCUCUUCUAAUGAUAUCUAUCCUCGAAUCUGUAACAUUAAAAAUGAGUGAAUACAAAAGAUGGCUUAAUAAUUCCAGUGAUCUUCUCAUACACAUAAUUGCCUUACCAAAUAUUUCUCAACUCACAUUAGAUAUUAGUGGUGAAAUCAUCAAUACAAUAUCGUGGCCAAGUACGUGUAACUUGCAAAAAUUAACACUUCGAUAUUGUAGUUAUUAUCAAUUAUGUACUAUUCUUGAUCAUUCGCCAAAUCUUCGAAUAUUAACCUUGAAACGUACGAAUAUGCUCAUGGUACAUAAGACUCUUCAUCCAACAACAUUUCAAUCACUGACUUCGCUUACAUUGAACAAUAUUUAUAUGCCAAUUGAUGAGCUCGAAUAUUUAUUGUCUUUUCAACCAAAUCUAGUUUCUCUCAAAUUUACAAUACCAACGAGUUAUUCACUAGAAUUUGUACAGCACCUAUCACAAUGGGAAAAUUUUAUCCGUCAAACGAUACCACUGUUAAAAAGUUUUCACUUUUAUAUUGAUAUGUCAUUUUUUGAAUUAGAAGAUGUUGAAUCAUUUCUGUUGCCAUUUUGUACAACAUUUUGGUUACAGGAGAAACGUUGGUUCAUCACAUGUCUCUAUACAACAGGUUUUGGAAGCACAAGAAUCUGCCUCUACUCAUCAAAGAACUUGACUGUUACAUUUUCCAAUAAUCUGAACUAUGGUCUAUUCUCCUAUGCAUUCAGUACGGCAAGUUAUGAUAACCAAAUCGACAGUAGUAUUAUGUGGAGUGCUCGUUUCAAUGUGCUUUGGCUGACGCAAGUAACCGGUACAAGUCGAGUAUGUAUGACUACUGUCCUAAAAAAAGGCGAGUGGCCAUUUUUUGAAUAA